AUGAGAAAUACCAUAAUCGACAUUAGAGUGUCUGCUUUGGGCGCAUCUGCAGAUUUACUGGAACCAGCACCAACUGAGAUUGGCGUCUUUAUUGCACUCGAUGUUUGCUUUGCAAGCAUUUCGGUGGAAUCUGUCGCUUUUAGCAACAAAAAGCUGACCAUUUGGCAUGAGAAAUCUUCAGAUCUGCUCACACCCCCUAAUUACCUGGCCAAAGUGAUUGCUGAUAUCCCUCGCAUCGUUCUCGCUAGAAUCAUGUUCCCAAUCCUUCUCCAACUGGCUGCCCAACCACUUCUACCUGCUUGUGUGGUACUUGUCGGAGCAGGAUUUACAUUGGCUUGGGCAAUUGUGUUUUCGGAUGAUGCACUUGAUUUGGCUGAUGCUAUUGAAGCAGGAGGUGCAAGCGAGACCAUGGGUCUAAUUUCAAAACGCUCCUCUAGCUCACACGUUUAAGCGAGAUCAGCUAGGGCCAUGGCUUGUAUUCUGCUUGAAUGGCAUGCUUAGCAUUCAUCAACU